CGCGAGAACUCAUCAAGCCCAAUACGAGGAAAAUAUAAGUUCUCGCGACGCCGCAGCGUUCCUCCCUUUGUGAUUCACGUAGACUUUACGUCAGCCUCGAGGCGUAAGCACGUCGGGGCACGCGAGCCCCUGCGCGCCUCACACUGCGUAGCUCGGGCGCAAAAAAAUCGGCGAGAAGGGGAAUGUCGGCUCGUGAAUGAUCGGUCUUUUUUGAGGCGGCAGGGAGCGACAACGUUAUGGCAGUACAAACGCAGCAAAAGAACCUGGAAGGAUAUGUUGGCUUUGCAAGCCUCCCCAACCAAGUGUACAGGAAGUCCGUCAAGAGGGGCUUCGAGUUCACCCUGAUGGUCGUGGGUGAGUCGGGGUUGGGCAAGUCCACCUUGAUCAACUCUCUGUUCCUAACAGACCUGUAUUCAGCAGAGUAUCCUGGACCUUCACAUCGAAUAAAAAAGACUGUCCAGGUGGAGCAGUCCAAAGUUUUAAUAAAGGAAGGUGGCGUCCAGCUGCUGCUCACGAUAGUUGACACCCCGGGGUUCGGAGAUGCCGUCGACAACAGCAACUGCUGGCAGCCGAUCAUCGACCACAUAGACAGCAAAUUUGAAGACUACCUGAACUCGGAAUCCCGGGUAAACAGACGACAGAUGCCCGACAGCCGAAUUCAUUGUUGCCUGUACUUCAUUGCCCCCUCGGGACACGGACUAAAGCCCUUGGACAUCGAGUUCAUGAAGCGGUUGCAUGAGAAGGUCAAUGUCAUCCCUCUGAUUGCCAAAGCAGACACCCUCACCCCGGAGGAAUGCCACCAGUUCAAGAAGCAGAUCAUGUGUGAAAUCCAAGAGCACAAGAUCAAGAUCUACGAGUUCCCGGAGACGGACGACGAAGAAGAGAACCGGCUGGUGAAGAAGAUAAAGGACAAGUUGCCGCUGGCCGUCGUAGGAAGCAACACCAUCAUCGAGGUGAACAGCAAAAGAGUCCGAGGGAGACAAUACCCCUGGGGGGUCGCAGAAGUUGAAAACGGUGACCACUGCGACUUCACCAUCCUCAGAGAUAUGCUCAUCAGAACGCACAUGCAGGACCUCAAGGACAUGACAAACAACGUCCACUACGAAAACUACCGCAGCAGGAAGCUGGCGGCCGUCACCUACAACGGAGUGGACAACAACAGGGCCAAAGGUCAACUGUCCACCAAACCUGACACAGUUGAAGGAAUGAGUCCCCUGGCCCAGAUGGAGGAGGAAAGGCGAGAGCAUGUGACUAAGAUGAAGAAGAUGGAGAUGGAGAUGGAGCAGGUGUUCGAGAUGAAAGUCAAGGAAAAAGUGCAGAAGCUCAAAGACUCUGAAGCAGAGCUUCAGCGGCGCCACGAACAGAUGAAGAAGAACUUGGAGGCGCAGCACCGAGAGCUGGAGGAGAAAAGGCGCGUGUUCGAGGACGAGAGGGCGAACUGGGAGGCCCAGCAGCGCAUGGAGCAGCAGAAGAUGGAGGCCUCCAGGACUCUGGAGAAAAACAAAAAGAAAGGCAAGAUCUUUUAGGAGACAGUCGGCAGGACGACGACCCCAACUCCAGUUAUUUUUUUCGUUUGCCAACGUUGCCGAUUCAGGACACCCGUGUGUGGCACUGACAUCACCCACCUCCUCCUCCUCUUUUUUCUCUCUCCUUCCUUCCCUUUCUCUCCUCCCACCCCUUAUUGUGUCCCGUUCCUGCUCCCGUCUGCCAGCACAGCUGUGCUCCUGCUCCCAGCCACUAGAGGGGGGUGUUGCGGGUAUGCGAGGAGGUGGAGGGCGUCUGAAUGUCCGGUCAGAACCGCCACCACAGAGCCCCCCUGCCCCCCCACCGCUGCCUCGGGACUCAACAUCAAAGUAUAAAAGAAUAACCCCAUUUCAGAACGGCCACACCCAUAUUAUUAUUAUUUUAAUUAUUAUUAUUGAUGUUAUUAUUGUUGUUGUUGCCCCUACCUGCUGCUCUCUCUCUCUUUUUUUUCUUUGCUUUUAAAUGACUGUGUACAGUUUUAUGGAGAGCACAAACUAAAAAAAAAAAAAAAAAAACUGUUGUACAAUCGAGUUCUGGUGAAUUUUAUUUGUUUACAUGGAAAAAAAGAAAGUAACGGUAUAUGAACAUUAACAUGAUCUUCCUUCGUGUAUUAAAGUAAGAAGAGGACAAGGCAUUAACUCAUCUUUUUGUUUGGUUUCGAGGGUAAACUUUGAACCCUCCUUCCGUCAGAGCGACAGAAAUGAGACAACAAGAAAACCUGAAAGCAAGAAAAACAAUAAAAUGCACCUUGGGCCUUUUUUAUAGAAUAAAAAAAACCCACGGCUAAAGUUUUUUUUUUUUCUCCUCCUGAAAUGUAAUGCUUUCCUUUCCCCUCUGUGUUUAGUUAUUUCCCACUAGCCUUGGACCACCAUUUAUAUCGUCUUAAGUGUUAUAUUUCACUUUAGUUUAUUUUUAUAUAUAUAUACCGAGCCAGCUGGAGUAAUAAACUUCUUUUUGUAUGUUUAGGAAAAAUAAAUCCUUAAGAGACUUGAGAGCGGUGUCCGCUGUUUAACAGAAACUCCACGUUCACGUUUUAACGGCGAUCCAUCAAUGCUUUUUGAAAAAAUAAACGUUAUCUCAAUCGCUCUGCGGUAUCGAUCUGUGGAAAAUGAAGAGUCGACGCCGCAGUUUGCUUUGGCUAUGUACUCCAUCUCUGUAUUUUUCAUUUUAUUUUUCAUUUGCAUUGUACAAAGUCACUUAAUAAACCUGUGAUGAUACUG